UGCACUCCGCUCAGUCCAUAACAAACAGUUGAUCGCAUAAGUGGUUUUUGUUAACUUAUCUCUCACAUUCUUAAUAAAUUUCGUAUUUUUUACAAUUGUUUGUUUUAUUAAUUUAAAAACAAAAGUCAAUAUGAACUGGGAAUUAACUGAGGCCGAGGAAAAUACAAUCGCAAAAGAAUUUCUAAGACUAGGAGAUAACACUUACUUGGAUCAUGCGGGCAGUACAUUGUAUGCGGAAAGUCAAAUAGAUGCCUGUGGCAAAUUAUUAAAAGAGAAUUUAUUUUGUAAUCCUCAUACCUGCAAGAUAACAGGCGAUUUUGUUGAUCAAGUGCGUUAUAGAAUUCUGCAACAUUUCAAUGCCGAUCCUUUAGAUUAUACUGUUGUUUUUACUAACAAUGCUACCGCUGCCAUAAAAACAGUAGCUGAUACAUUUGAUUUUGGAAAUGGAGAACAGGGUAAUUUUUAUUAUUGCCAGGAAAAUCACACCUCUGUGUUGGGUAUGCGUGAAGUUAUUAAAACUGAAAAUAUAUAUGUAUUGACGCAACCAGAGCUAUUGGAAAAUUUGCAAAAGAAGGAAGAGUUACUAGCUGGUACUAGUAAAUCUAACUCCUUGUUGGUAUUUUCCGCUCAAUGUAAUUUUAGCGGCUACAAAAUGCCGUUGGAAUUAAUAGAUGUAGUCCAUCAGCAGGGUUUACAUAAACGGGGCACUCAAAUUUCCGGUCAACCUCAAAAGAAGCAACCAGAUUUAAGUAAUUUUUAUAUAUUCCUAGAUGCAGCAGCUUAUGUUGGUUCUAGUUAUUUGAAUUUAGGCAAAUAUAAACCCGAUUUUAUUUGCGUAUCAUUUUACAAAUUGUUUGGCUAUCCCACAGGUAUAGGAGCUUUAGUAGUCAGCAAACGCGGCCAAUCUGUGCUACGUAAACAAUAUUACGGAGGCGGUACCGUCAAUAUAGCCAUGACCAGAGAAAAUUUUCACGAAAAACGUGUGGGCUUCUCAUCACACUUUGAAGAUGGCACUUUAUCUUUUCUAACGAUUGCAAAUUUGUUAGAGGGUUUCAACACUUUGGAACGUUUAAUACCUGCAAGAGAGGGGAAAAAUACAAUGGAAAGAAUUGGUCGUUAUGUCUAUCAAUUGGCUAAAUAUGGUUAUGAAAAAUUAAGCGUUUUGAAGCAUGCAAAUGGCCAGCCUUUGGUAAAGUUUUACAAUCAUAAUGGUUAUGAGGACUGUAAAUAUCAAGGUGGUGUAAUUACCUUUAAUAUUCUACACGAAGAUGGUGCCUUUGUAGGGUUUGCCGAAGUGGCCUGCCUGGCAGCUGUUUUUAAUAUACAACUACGUACUGGUUGCUUUUGUAAUCCAGGAGCUUGUCAAUGGUUUUUACAACUAACCAAUAGUGAUAUACGUAAACAAUAUGAUUCGGGUCAUAUAUGCAGUGACUACAAUGAUUUGAUUGACGGACAACCCACUGGAGCCGUUAGGGCGGCAUUUGGUUAUAUGACACGUAAACAAGAUGUAGACAAACUUGUUAAAAUGAUAGAGGAAUGCUAUUUAUCCUCAACAGAAGAGAGAUUAAAACAUAUGGAUCUGGAGAAAUUGCCAAAAGAAUUAAAACAUAUACCGGAACGAAUGAAACCACAAUUGAAAGAAAUUUGCAUUUAUCCCAUUAAAUCAUGUGGAGCAUUUAAGGUUAAAGAUUCUUGGCCUUUAACAAAUACUGGUUUCCUGUAUGAUCGUGGUUGGAUGAUAGUCGAUGCUGCUGGUAUGGUUAUAACACAAAAACAUCAAACUAGAUUGUGUUUAAUUAAACCUAUCAUUAAUCAACAAAAAGGUUUUAUGGAAUUGACUUUUACGGGCAUGAAGUCGGUGCAAGUGAGUUUAGAAGUAUCUAAGGAACAGAUAGAUUUUAUUAAUAACUCCUUCUGUCAAAGUAAAGUUUGUGAUGAUUUAGUCUCAGGUUAUGAUUGUGGCGAGGAGGUGGCUCUGUGGUUGAGUGAUUGUUUGGAAACACCGGGUUUGAGAUUAAUCAAACAGUAUGCUCAAAGACGUGCACAAACUGGUACGGCCAAGGAUAUAGCCUUAGCUAAUCAGGCACAAUUUCUAUUAAUUAAUCGUUCCUCGGUGAGGUGGCUGACACAGAAAAUUACCUCGGAAAGGGAAAGCUUGGAUGCUAGUGUUGAUAGAUUUAGAGCAAAUUUAGUGAUCGAGACUCCAAUCGCCCUUGAGGAGACAGAAUUUGAUAUGUUGACCAUCGGUGAUACAGUAUUUAAGGUGGAUGGUUUUUGCACUCGCUGCCAAAUGAUCUGCAUAGAUCAACAUACGGGACAAAAAACAGCUGAACCUUUACGAACUAUUGCUCGAGAGUUUAAUGGUAAAAUACGUUUUGGUAUUUAUCUUUCUCUACUUAAGGUGCCUGAAAAUGAGACGCAAAUUUCUUGCGGUGAUUCAAUUAUUAUAAAAAAGAAGAAUAAUGAAUAAACUAAAAAAGUGUACAUAAUUUCA